AUGUCUACUCGACGUGUCACCCGUGCAAAAAAUGCAACUCAGCAUCCGGGUAUCCCAGACAUAACCCCGAAGAAGAAACGCCGUACUGCAGAAGAAGUAGCUGCUGAGCGUCAGUCUAAGUUAGAUGCUAAAGAAGAGAAAGAACGCACCAAGAGAGCUAGCAUCAAACGUGUUGCUAAAUAUGAGAAGAACCAGGCGGACCAGGAUGUGGUGACCGAUGCUACACCGCGGGCUGCGCUGCCCAAGCCAAAGCCAAUCCCAAGCAAGAGGAAGGCUGUUGUGGCGCCUCCUGCUACCAAGAAGAAGGUUACGCCUCCUUCAGAUGCCGAGAUGAGUGAUGCACGAGCUGCACCUUCGGUACCAAGGCCAAGGCCAAAGCCAAUUCCUCGCAAGCAGAAGGUAAUUGUACAGACUCCCGCUGCGGAGGACAACGGGUUUCUGUCGGAUGCUGAGAUGGAUGAUGCGGCUGCUGAUAGCAGCGCCUUCAACCCCGAUCCAACCCAACAUUCAGGCACGGUGACCUCGGACAUAGACGCAGAUGGGUCUGAUAGUGCAAUGCCGUCGUCGCCGCCCAGGAAAAAGACGAAAGUUAGCGGGAAGAAGGCAGGGAAGGUGACGAAGAGUUCUGUACGAGAUGCUAUCAAAGCGGUCCAGCAAACUCAUAUGUCAGGGAAGAGUAAGGCUGCAGAUAGGAAGAAAACCGCACCUCACAGCACAAUCAGCCUCAAUUCCGAUGACUCGAACGACUCAGACGACUCGGACAUCCUUGUUGUCGACGCAACGCCGAAGAAAGCUCCCAGCAAACAGCCAGCAUCUGUUCAGCAGGAUGACGAUGCUAUGGUCGUUGAUCGGCCUUCAACGAAGGCAUCUAAGAAGGCCACCAGUAAAAAAUCAGCACAGUCAGUUCCGGCUGCUCGCUUGAACAACGACUCGGACGAACCUAUCACCAGUCACCCUCCGGGAAGGCAGCCACCUCAGUGGACCAUGCCCAUCUUGAGUGAAUAUGACCGCGGUGCUACUCCUAUGGCUGGGGCUCCAGGUCGUGUUGAUAAGAAGGGCAAAGGGAAGGAGAAGCAGAAGAAGGAGAAGGAGGGGAAGGGGAAGGCAGAUCUGGCAGAUGAUAAGAAGAUCAGCGUUAGCCGUCAAGCACGUUCUGAUGAGAAACGGAUUCCGCCGAGUUCGAAAAGUGACUCGACUCCCAAUGGCAAGGACUUUUCCACUGGCAUUAACGAUUGGGCAGCAAGCAUCCCGAAAAAUGCAAAGCCCACUAAGGCCACCACCAGCCAGCCCAGCAUAUUCAAAAAUAGCACAAGUUCACGCCGCCUUCCCCCCCUGACCAAUGCCAGCACUCGCUCAUCCACCAAUUCGGUGUUGACAGAAAACGUGUUGAUUUCUCACGCUAUCCCCAUCACGCAGGAACCGAAAGAGCAAGAUACUCUGCAACUCCAUGAUGGACUCGGAGGACUCUCAGAUGAAGAUGAGACCCAGGGUCUCGAACGAGAGGCCGCAGUUGCUAGCCCUCCCAAAGGGAAAAAACGAGUUUCAAGUUCGGCUCUCGUCAAGGAUUCGCCUGGCAAGCCCCCAGCUCGUCAAGCCGAGCGCACGAAGAAACCUGGCAACAACGAUCUCCCGGAUGGUGUUGAACAAAAGCUUUGGCGCCGUGUCUUUGUUUCUACUUACAUGCAAUACGUUGCAACUCUGGCUAACCCCUGGGAAGUUCCCCCCAAGUUGGCCUGCCAGAAAUUGCAGGUGAUCUGGGACGCAAUUUUCCCCAACAUCUCGUGCACAGUCACAAGCACGAGCACCGUGUAUCUCAUAACUGUCCAGCGUGUUGCUGACUCCUAUCGAAGCUUCAUCGGCUCAGCAGCCAUUGCAAUCGUCAUCGCAUACCUCGAGUCCCAGGACACACUCAAGCACUCCGAUGAUAAUCGUGUCGAAUUCGCUACUUACGCGCUGGACAAGCUUCGCUUCUUGUACAAGAAGGCAAACGGUGAUGAUAAAUCUAAGUUCCGCGGCCUUUAUCAAGGUGCCUUCGUGGUGCAAACAUUUGGCGCCCACUUCACUGCUAUCAACGGCGCUCGCAAGAUACAUGGACUACUAGACAAGCCGGAAGAAGACUUGAAUCCUGCUGGGGGUCUAGCACUGUCAUGUGCUGCGGUUGAACGAGCAUUGACGCUUAUCGCUACUCGUACCAUAACCAUCGAAAUGGUUCUCGCUGCCAAGGGCAAAUCUAUACCCUUGCCGAAGACGCUCAAUCACUCAACCGGCAAAGUCUCCAAUCGCCAAACGGGCUUCAAUGACGUCACCUGGGGUUCUUCCACGCGCUCAUAUGUGAAGUCGAUCGUGAAAAGCCUCCGAGAGGAGAAGUUCCAAGCCAUCAUCACUUCUGCGAAGGAAUUUUCCAAGAAGAGCCAUCGUUCUGGCAACGAUAGAGCCGUCGAUGACGCUGUGGAUGAUGAAGACUUCGACGAACGCGCCCAGCUCGUGGACAUCUCGGAGUCCGAGUCUGGGUCCGAAGACUCGGAUGGCUCUGACGUGGAGUAG